AUGACCCGAGUCCGGCUCCAGACGGCGGACUCGUGGCCUGGUCUCAGUAGACACGAUGCAGGCCUGGCGGGCGGUUUUGUUAUCUGCAACAGCUGGGGGUGGAUCAACUCCUUUGGCGUGUGGCAGGACUACCUGCCCAGCAUGAUGCCGGAGCGUACGUCCCUGGAGAUAUCCUUCAUCGGGUCGGUGACGGUGUUCCUCCUCUUCUUCCUGGGGGCCUUUACGGGCCGUCUGGUGGACAUGGGGCUGUUCCGGCACAUCUUCCUGGCCGGCAGCGCUCUCCAAGUGGUCGGCAUCUUCUGCACCUCGGCCUGCACCGGGUACUGGCAGUUCAUGCUGGCGCAGGGCGUCUGUAUCGGCGUGGCCAACGGCUGCAUGUUCUGCCCCGCCCUGGCUCUCGUGUCCACCUACUUCCACCGGAGGAGGUCCAUCGCCCUGGGCAUCACGGCGUGCGGCAGCGUCGUCGGCGGCCUGGUCUUCCCCGUCAUGGCGAGGCAGCUCCUUCCCAGGAUAGGCUUCCCCUGGACCGUCAGGGCCAUCGGCUUCGUCCAGCUCGCCGGCCUGGUCGUGGCCAAUGCCCUCAGCCGUCCGCGCAUCAAGCCACGCAGGAGGACCGGUCCCAUCAUUGACCUUUCCGCCUUCAAGGAGUUGGAGUAUACCUUUUACGCCAUCGGCUCCUUUUCUUUCUUCUGGGGCGUCUACUUUGCAUUCUACUACCUCGCCUCCUUUGCCCGCAACGGCAUCCACGACCCAUUCACCUUCUCUGCCUCGCUUGACCUGCUGCUCAUCGUCAAUGGCGUGGGCGCGGUAGGUCGUCUGGUCCCCAACUUCAUAGCCGACCGCGUCGGCGCCGUCAACACCCUCAUCCCCGUCUGCGCCGCGGCCUCCCUGCUGGCCUUUUGCUGGAUAGCCGUCGACACCCCCGCCUCGCUGUACGUCUGGACCGUCCUCUACGGCCUGUUCGCCGCCGCCAUCCAGAGCCUCUUCCCCGCCGCCCUGUCCCUCCUGACCACCGACAUGCGUAAGAUCGGCGUGCGCAUGGGUAUGGUAUUUACCAUUGUGUCGUUCGCCGUGCUCACCGGCCCGCCAAUCGCCGGAGCCAUCAUCGAUUCGACCGGCUCGUACAAGGGUGCCCAGGCAUUCUCGGGCGCCUGCCUGGCUACCGGAGGUGUGUUCAUGACCUUGUCCAAGGUGGUCAGGAUGCGAAAGACGGGUGUGGGCUGGUCUGGCAAGGUGUAA